AUGUCAAGACACAAGUACAAGUUAUGGAUGUGCAUCGCAAAGGGAAAAAGGGGAGUGGGGGAAAGAAAUACGUUUGUCCCUAAGUGCUCUUAUGCUCCCUUUUGUGCUUCAGAGGUUCUUGAUCAAUUAUUAAGAGGGGAUAACUCUAUCGUAUAUAACUUUUAUCUUAAAAAUGGUUCAGGUAGUGUUUAUAUAGGCUCAGUCUUUCUUAUCUGA